UUUUCUCCUAACAAAUAAACAACCGUCACGACGAAAACGACAAAAGAAAAAAAUAUUAUUUUCACUUUGUUCUUAUUUAGUAGAAAGCAUUGCAAUUAGUUGUUUUUAUUUUAUAAUUUUCGAUGUUGUGUGCUAGCGGACCAUAACUGUUGAAUUAAAAAACGAUAAUCAAUCAAUAUGGUCAGCAGAAAUAAACAAUUCCAAUGUUGUAGAAUUUGUCGCACGGAGAAAAAUCUAAAAUUUACGGUUAAAGAACUGCGUGAAUUUAAUAGAGUUCAAGGAGCAGCUACUGGCAACGACAAAGCUUCGCAAAAGCUCCUGCGAACAACACCCACUUUGGGCAAUAUUUGCAAAGAUUGCGAUGACCGUGUCCAGAUAUUUCAUCGUUUAGAUGAAGCAACCACCAGCUGCGAUAGCGAUAUAGAGAUAGAUGUAGAUGAUACGGCUACAAUUCCGCUGCCAGCACCACCUAAUUUGCCGACAUUAAACACAUGCCGUCCAGAUACACCUAUUAUUGUGGACGAUGAUGAAAUGCUUUAUGAUUUGUUCAUGCAAAAAGUUGAUCAACAACGCCAGCAAAGGCAAAUCACCACACAAAUUCAAGAAGCAGAAAGGCCAGAGCUUCAUGCCGAAACGCAGCAAACCUUCAUAAAUCAUUUCAAUCCACAAUAUACACCACCACAAUCGACUGGGGGCAGCGAAGGAGAUGAUGCUAAAAUGCUUGAUGAUUUAACAUCCAGGGAGGGAACUCCGGCUUCGAUAGCUAAUGCAGUGACUCCAGUACCGCUGGCCCCACAGCUUCCCCCAGCUAUUGUUGAUAACAAGGGUCAUCGAAUUGUUGCUAUAAUAGAUCUUGAUGAUGGAGACGAAGAUUCAUGUCCGGCUCAGUCUGAUAAAAUUGACGAAUCUAUGCAAAACACCAUACAAGACAAAUCCCCCAAUAUGGCCAAUGACAUAGUGGUGGCACAAGCAAUACUUCAAACAGAUUCAAUUAGUGAAAGUCAACAAACACUUUUGACCACCAAUAAUAUUAUUGAGACACCAGCUUUGGCAAAGAACGUCGCAGAUGUCAGCGAUGAUGAGGAGAUAGUUUUUCGACAAGUCGAACCUCAUUUGGAAACACCUCUCUCGAAAAAGAAGCGCAAGAGUUAUGAUGAAAAAAAAUUACGUUUAGUUGCUAGCUUAAGUCUGGUAUCGAGUGAUGACAGUGAGCCAGAGGAACCUGUAGCCAAACAAACCAAAGUCAACGCAGCCCCAACUGAUUUACCAAAAUGCUUUAAUUGUAAGGAAUGCCAAAUAAGUCUCCCAGAUGCGGAAAGUCUUUCAGUGCACGCACGCGUGCAUGAAGGUAUCAAAUGUCCAGAAUGCCAGUAUACGUUCCCGCUUGAAAAGCGGUUAAUAAAUCACAUGCGUCGCAAACAUCGUGCCUACAAUGGCAAAGUAUUGAAGGAAAAAUCUCGAGGUCCCCAAGAUAGCGCUAUGACAAUUCGCUUGCGGUAUAUGCAAAGUCAAACAUAUUAUGAAUGUCAACUUUGUGGUCGUAUUGAUGAAAUUUACAAAGAGCACAAAGACCACAUUCUCAAUAAGCAUCCCAUGGAAUCGAAAACUUUGAAGGACCCAAUAAUGAAGGAACUUAAGUGUCCGGUAUGUAAAGAGAAAUGUGGCUGUCAGUACAUAAGAUUAUGUAGACAUAUACUUGAGAAUCACGAUUAUGCACAACAUAAAACCCAUCUAAGAGAAAUAGUACAUGUGAGUGCAUUUGGCUGGAAUGCUGCUCGUCAGAAGGAAGUUGCUAAAACAGCUCGCAUUUUCCAAUUCUCUAAAAGAACUACAUUCUUUUUUCAAUGCAAAAAGUGUUACAAAGUUGUGGCCGGUUACUUAAAUCAUUUGAAGCAUAUAACUCAAAGUUGUAAAAUUGAAGAAAAGUCAAAAUCGGUCGAAAAGAAAAUUAGACCGCCAGCUGAAAAAUUAAAACCCAAAAAGAAACCUAAAGUAGAAAAAAUAGCUAAAACAUUAGAUAGUACAAAGAAAAAGAAACAAGUUAUACAUAAAGAUUUAAAAUCUUGUAAAAAAACGCCCAAACCUUCCAAAAAAUCUCUAAAUUUGGAAAAACCUUUAGUAUCCAAAAAUUCCCCAAAUGUCACUAAGAAGUCUAAUAAGGAAGAUGUAAAAGCCAUAGCAAAGCCAAUAGUUUCGAAAACAAAAGCCGAUGCUAUAAAGCUUUUGCCACAAACUAAACCUUCAGAAAAAUCCAAAAAACGUAAACGUAAGGAAGAGUCUGUUUCUCAAAUUCUCAAACCCCAAAAAAAAGUUGUUAAAGUUAAGGCUCCCGUUAAGCAGAUCCCAACACAAAGCUUCAACUGCGGCCACUGUCCCAUUCAGAUUAAAGGUUUUCUCUUAUACAGCAAGCAUAUUUGGCAAGAGCAUGUGUCCCAUGAAUUUGUCCAUUGUGAUAAAUGCUCAAAGGCGACGCUGUUCAAAUAUCAUAAUGGGAAAUGUUCGAACUUAGCGACACAAAUAAAGAAACAAAAGCGUAAAUGUGUCACCACUAGUGGUGGUGGUGGUUGCAAUGGUGGUGUAAAUAGUUCCACGUCCACUAAGGACACAGAUGUUAAUUGUGAUUUGGAAAAUGCUAAAGAAUGUCAACAACUUCAGCAAAUAGUGCCUGAGUCGUUAGAAGAUAGUCAAAAUCUACCUGCAACAAAUGGAGAAAUAGCCCAAGAGCAAACACCCAUGUGGCUUAAAGACUUAUGUAGACUAAAUGAGUUGAGGAAUAAUAUGGUAAGCAGCGACGAUAAUGAGAAGAGUAGCAUAGCUGUUAUAAACAUUAACGACGUUGACGAUCUGUACCCAGCAAUAAAUAGAGCCGGAGUUCAGCAAUGUUGUUAUUGUUUACAUUUAUUCUCUUCCGAGUUAGAGCUAAAAAAUCACACAAGACUGCAACAUACCGGUUAUGAGGAAAUUUUAGUUAGAUACACACCCAUUAAUGUUACAAUUUAAGGAUUUUUUCAUGUUAGCUUGAGUUUUAAUGAAAAAGAUAGAAUUCCUUAAUUAAUUUUACCAAUUAUGGUUACUUUCCCAAAAUCCGUAUUAAAGGUACUGCCAAUAAGUCGCUAGAAUGUAUGUUAAUUGGCUGGAGUACGAAAAC